UGGCGGGGGCGGCCCCGGUGGGAGCGGGGCUGCUCUGGGGUCCCGGUGCCCCCCGAUCUCUCCAUGCAGGGCAUGGGGAGCCUCAGGAUGGGCAACCGCGCCGUCAUGUACACGGCGGAGACCCUCCCCAAGGGCAAGAAUCGCGUCAUGGGGACCAUCCAGAUCAUGACAGGAUUCCUGCACAUCGGCUUCGGGAUCGUGCUGACCACGCUCACCAACCUCUACACCUCCGUGUUCGUCAUCGGGGAGAUCCCGUUCCUGGGCGGCGUGUCGUUCAUCAUCUCCGGCUGCCUCUCCAUCGGGGCCGAGAAGAGCCCCACGGAAUGCGCGGUGAAGGGCAGCCAGACCAUGAACGUCAUCAGCGCUAUCUUUGCCCUGCUGGGGAUCGUGGCCUUCAUCGUCGACCUCAACCUCAAUGUGCUCUACCACUCCAGCCUCGACUACCACGGUUACCUCGUCCUGCUCGCAGGGAAUGGGAUUUCCAUCGUGCUCCUCAUCUUCACCAUUCUGGAAUUCUGCAUUGCCGUGGCCACUGCCAACUUCUGGUGCCGGGCCACCCGGCUCAGCUCCAACGAGUCCAUGCUGAUCGUCCCCAGUGCCACCCGUGUGGACCUGGCUGUGCCGCCGGCGGAGCUGCCACAGCCACCCAGCUACACCGAGGUGAUUCCCAAUCCCAAGGAAUAGUCAGGAUAGGAGUGUACUCAGGAUUGGGAUGCCCCCCCCCCCACCUGGAGCAGCAUCCGAUCCCUUCCUGCGUGGCAGACCCCAUCCUGCUGCCCUGGGAAAACAUCCCAUUCCCAGAGAGCAUCCUGGAGCAUCCACCUCUCUGCUCCUGGAAGGGGGGAAGAGAUCCCUAAAUCCCGCAGAGGGGUCACCCCAAAUCCUUCUCCCCUCCCAAAGCUUGCUCUCCUUCCAGCUGGCUGCUCCUGAAGUCUGACACCGGAAUGGGAUCCUGCCUCCAUCGCUCCCAAAUCCAGGGCUACAGCAUCGUCUUCCUGCUGGGAUACGCUAGUCCCCCCCCCUCCAAAAGCCAGCGAGCCCCCCCAAGUUCCCACUUUCCUGCCCAUCCAUCUGCCCCUGUGCCUGGUCUGAGGGGCAUUCCUUGCUGGCUGCUUUGGGAAGGGGCUUCUCCGUGCGGGACUCUUGGGGAAUUCCUGCCUGUAAAUCCCCAGUGGUAUCCUGGGAUUCACUCAUGUCAGGAUUCAGGACUUCCCGGGGGUCCGGUGGCUUGGAGUGAUCCCGAUGUGUAGAUCCACCGGACCAUCUACCUCGGCUCGUCCUGCGUUGGCUUGAUUUUAUCUUGGGAAUAAAUGCUCAAUCUGG